AUACUUGUACAAAUAGGGAAGAUGUUAUUCGCAAAAUUCGAAUUAAUAUUUCAUGAAAAAGUAAAAAAAUAUUUGAUCGAAUACAGUAUAAAUACUUCAGUUUUGUUCGAACAGGAGUAGAUAAAAUAAAUAAAAUAAAAAGAUAUAUGUUUCAGAUAAAAUUUAUACCAAAUUUUCUAUUUUAUUAGCGAAAACAUCUGAUUUUUAUAUUAAUUAUUUGAGAAAGAACGCAGCGUUUGAUGGAUUGAAAUUUUUUAUUCCGUGUCAAUAACAAGAAUCGACAUUGGAGAUAUCUGAGUAUUUGUUUAAAAUGCUGAUUCUCCUGAUUAAAACUGCUACAACCUUCAGAUUUGAUUAUACAUUCAAAGUGCUUACAGUUGCACAAAAUGGGAAAGUACCGUUUGCAACAAUUUCAAGGAAUGAUAACAGAAGCAGCUUUCGAUGAGAUUUGACACUGAUACUUUGAAUAAUAUUAUUUGUGAGAAUUUGACGAGAUUCGAAAGCAAUAUAAGAGAUGUCUGAGUAUUUGUUUAAAAAGCUGAUUCUUCUGAUUAAAACUGCUACAACCUUCAGAUUUGAUUAUACAUUCAAAGUGCUUACAUUUGCACAAAAUGGGAAAGUACCGUUUGCAACAAUUUCAAGGAAUGAUAACAGAAGCAGCUUUCGAUGAGAUUUGACACUGAUACUUUGAGUUAGAUUAUUUGUGAGAAUUUGACGAGAUUCGAAAGCAAUAUAACUAUGUUCUGAUUAACCAGUUUUCGGCACAUAAACAGGCAUUCCAAAAGACGAUUAUAUGAUCUUCAAUCAGCCAUGCCAAAGCAAAGUAGAAGUGAUAAAGUUGGAACUAAAACUUAUUUCUCCUGGAAGGGACUCCUGCUGGCUACGAUUUCUGCAAUUUGCUAUUCUAUUGAUGCUGUCUUUGUCAAAUCGAUCAAGAACUUGCAUCCUAUUCAACUGGCACUUUACCGAUUCACCGCCCUAUUCUGUAUGUGUAUACCUGAAGUUGUCAAAAGUGGAGAGAAUCUACUUGGACCAAAAGAUGUUCGCUUUUUCAUUUUUCUCCCAGGAUUCCUUGGAGGAAUUAGUAUUUUCCUUGCUUACACAUCUUACCGUUUCCUACCACUUGGUGAAUCCUUCAUCAUAACUUCCAGCAUACCAAUUUUCGUGACAUUUGCAGCUUUCAUAUUUCUCAAAGAGCCGUGUGGUGUAUUUCAAUCUUUCCUUGUAGUUUUCACUGUCAUAGGGAUCAUUUUCACUACCAAAGUACCAAGUCGUCUGAUAGGAACAGGCGUUGUCUAUACGACUGAAAAUAUCUAUGGUAUCCUUGCAGCCAUUGGAUCACUUUUCUGCAGAACUUGUAUGAUGCUUUCAAUAAGAAAAGCAAAAAAAGCUGAUCAUUCAGUCAUUAUGUUCAAUUACAGUUGGAUAUCUCUCGUCGAAAGUCUGAUCUUGUUGCCAGUGCUGACAGAUUUUAAAAUACACGAAUGUGGUAUACAAUGGUUUUACAUUCUGGUUCUUGGGAUUAUUAAUUACGCUGCUCAAACAUUUCUAACUUUAUCUCUGAAGUGUGAGUUUGCAGGGCCUGUUUCUACCAUAAUGUCAGCUGUUUGUAUUAUCUUAGCAUUUUUAUGGCAAACAUUUCUUUUUCAUGACAUUCCUGAUUACUUCACAAUUACUGGUGCAGUUAUUGUAGGACUUUGUAUUGUAUUAACAAGUGUGAGAAAGUGGGUUUCAGCUCUUUCUGAAAAUUCAUCACAACGCCAGAAGUUGAAAUGGAUAAUGAUUUGAUUCUUUAACUCUCUUUGGCAAUCCCAUGUGUCAAUUAAUUAAUCUCAUGUACCAGGUUCAUUUAAUCUCAUGUCUCAAUUAAUCCCAUGUGUCAGGUUAUGAAAUGUUAAACUAAAUUUAUGUCUUCUAAAAAGAAAUUCUGCGUAUAAAAAAUUUAUUUUGGAUGCAUUGAAAUUCUAUGAUAUUAACUGAAUCAAACCAAUAACAUGAAUCCAAAUCAGAAAUCCUGAUAUAAAGAAACAGCAAUGAAACCUAAACUGAUGAGAGUUUAAAAGAAUCAUUAGCAUUGAUUGUUCAUCUAUUCCUUUAUGUAUGGAAAUCUUUGAAGGAACUGCUGUUCUUGCAUACUCCUACACUUGGAUGUAAUUGCUAACAACAUCUAAAUGGCAAGGAGCAUUUGAAAUGGUUAAAAGAUCAAAUUUUCAUCACUAUCAAGUACACAAGUCGGCCUACUUACCUGUGAAUAACUGUAAUCUUUGAUUUCAAACUAUUCCUCAUGCCACUGCAGCCGAGAAGCAGCCGAAGUGGCAAAAGAUCAAACAUCUUCAAUUUCAAUAAAUUAUACCAACAUACCUUCUUGUCUAUAACUUUAAUUCUUG